UGGAAGAAGCAGUGGAGCGCAGCAGCGCGCAGAGCAUGUAGCCGAAACUACACCAGACUGUGGAGUUGAAGUUUUCUUUUGUUUUCUUUUGUUUUUUUUCUUUAUCCGGAGUGUUUUAUUCCAUCUGUGGGGAAAAAAAAAUAAACAUUUAAAGCUGCUCUUCGACAUUAUUAUUUGCUUGGAGCUAAAUGACAAGGAGGUAGCGACACAGAAGCACUCAGUGAUUUAAACAGGGGAAACCAUGGAGAGCAAGGGAUUACUUCGCUGUAAGAUUGUGGUUGUCGGGGACAGCAAGUGUGGCAAGACGGCUCUCCUUCACGUUUUUGCUAAAGACUCGUACCCAGAGAAUUACGUUCCCACGGUGUUUGAGAAUUACACGGCUAGCUUCGAGAUUGAGAAGCAGAGGAUCGAGCUCAACAUGUGGGACACAUCAGGUUCAGCUUACUAUGACAAUGUGCGGCCAUUAGCUUAUCCUGACUCAGAUGCUGUGCUCAUCUGUUUUGACAUCAGUCGACCGGAGACGCUGGACAGCGUACUGAAAAAGUGGCAAGGUGAAACACAGGAGUUCUGCCCCAAUGCCAAAGUGGUGCUUGUCGGCUGCAAGUUGGACAUGAGGACGGACCUCAACGUCAUGAGAGAGCUUUCCAAACACAGACUCAUUCCUGUCACACAUGAGCAGGGAACCACUUUGGCGAGGCAGAUUGGCGCCGUGGCCUACGCAGAGUGCACCUCAAAGUAUUCGGAGAACAGCGUCCGCGAUGUAUUUCACGUCACCACCCUGGCAUCUGUGUCCAACAUUCAUCGGCCUCAGCUCAAACACGCCGGAUCACGCCACGGCCUCAAGCGGGUUUCCCAGCAGCCACCUCGGACUGAGAUUCACGAGCGUCCGCCUGCCAUUAGAAAGGACCGAGCCAAAAGCUGUGUGCUCAUGUAGGACCAGAACCUACCUGCUGCCUGAUCUGUGUGUGUGAGAGUGUGGGUGUGUGUGGGUGUGUGUGCUGACGGACCAUGCCACACAUGAACUUAACUUAUUGGUGAAUUGUUGUCAGAUUCUUUGCACUGCAUAAAGGACGAUGUGAUAAAAGCGAGAACGAAUGCUAUCCUGAGGAGGUCUUUGAAGGGUUGUUUGUCCAUUUUUAGCAAAACUCUGCUUCUUACUUUUCUUUGUGGCUGUGCGCUCAUCAGGGGAGGACAUCGUAGCGGCAAAAGCAAUUUUCUUUAACGCUUGUACCUGAACAAGUGGACAAAAAAAACAGAUAAAUUAAAAACAAGACAGAAAAUAGUGCAUAGGGAGAUGAAAAGGAAAAAAAAAUAUAUAUUCGAAAGAUCGUCUUGCAGGAAGCAGCGGUAACCGUGCUGGUGUUGACCUCUAUUAUUGUUGUUUCCUGUUUUGAAAUGCUCCUCUGUCUUCAAGUGUUUAAGCAAAUGAAGCACAAUACGAUGCACGCAAAGCGUUCUGAGAAGUCUGUAAAUGUCAGGGAAUGAACUCUGCUCUCCCCCGCUGCGCAUAACAAAUUAAAAAUGAAAAUCUGGACUCGUGGGCUGAGAUGACACUAAUUUUCUUAAACCACAAGUGCUUUUAAUAUUGAAAAAUGAAAUAAUCACUCACCACAUAAUAUUGUUGUGCUGUGUAAUUACUGUUGUUCAAAUAAUCGACACUGGAAAGGAACGUCACAGAGGGCGUUGAGAUGAAUAUUAUGUUGUA